AUGGGGCGCCUUAGCCGUGGAUGUCUGCGCUGCCGGCAGCGUCGUGUCCGUUGCGAUGAGGGACGGCCAUCUUGCCAGCGCUGUAUCCAACGCAACGAGGUUUGUGAGGGUUAUCGCGAUGAAUCUUCACUCAUAUUUCGCUACGAGACAGAAAAGGUGAUCGAGUACUCGCGCGCAAAACAAAUGGUAUUUCCACCAAGUUACAAGGACUCCUCGCAUUCUUCCCCGCAGAAGCGAAGCAAAUUCAUUUAUGCAAGCUCAGCUUCUCGACGACGGCAUUCUGUUUCGGGGCCGAGCGCGGAACCCUCAUCACUCACACUGAAGGAAGCUUCGGGUAUCACGUUGCGCAAUCCCCAGCCUUGGCUGAAAGGACCGCCAGCGCGAUUACAACCGCCAUUGGAACAACAGGCUAUAGAUCAAUUCAUAGAUAGAUAUGUCCUUUAUCCCUGCAAUCAGACGUCUUGUCCCGGCUUCCUUGAGCAUUUGCCUUGCAUGUUUAAUGAGGUCAACGUUGAGGGCCGGUAUGCGCUACGCUGGGCUGUGCAAGCGGCAGCAUUUGCAGACAUCUCGAAAAACCAAGAAAGCAACGCGCUUGCAAGCAAGGCUUUUCAGUGCUAUGGUAUGGCACUCAGCGCUUUGGGAGAGUCGCUCUCUACACCAGGCAAAGAGCCAGAUGAUUAUGAUCUAAUGACAGUGGUUGUGCUAGAUAUUUUCGAGACAUUAUAUACACCCAACAAAGUUAGCAAAGGAUCUCAUGUCCAAGGAAUGGCACAAAUCCUUCGUUUGCGUGGCAGUGAUCUGGUCUACAACUCGCGCGGCUGGAGUCUCUUUCGACUUGCACAACAUCGAAUUCAAAAGCAUCGAUUAACGUAUGACAUGCAGCAAAUCCCCGAGACAUCAUACUUGCUCAAGGAGUUGAAUGACAGCGAGCCCUCCGCCCGCCUCGAGAAGAAUGCCGACGACAUCGGCGGGACCUGCAAGCGGGCGCGGACUUUGUUAGGCCUUAUUAUUGCAAAUAGGCUACCAGCGUCGACCGUUGUCGACAUGAUCAAGGAGUUGCAUUCAUCAGACCAGGAAGCAGUGAGUUGGCGGCAGACAUCACAGUGGUCUUUUACCACCUUUACCGUAUCAGAACGACCAGAUCUUUCUCCAGCAGCACGUGGCAUCACAGAGACUAUCCAACUGCAUUCGGAUGUAUGGAUGGCCUACGAGUGGAACUAUCACAGGACAGCGCGAAUCGCCUUUCUGCAACAACUGCUGCAAUGCUCCAAAGCUGCUCUGGAAACCCCAGAUCUAGAAGAGGUCGAUAGGCAGACGCUAAGCAAUACAAUUGCAGAGUGCAUUUCUACGGUUCAGUGGCUAGCUGAUGAGUUCCUCGCUACCGUUCCUCAGUCCUUCGGGGAUGUUAAUCACAUGGGCCUACUCCAUGACUGCAAAGACGGCCCACCUCGCUGUCGCGCCAUCGGCGGGUACCUACUUCUUUGGCCGACCCGUGUGGUCAAGGCCGAAACAUCUGCGACAAGUGUGGCUCAAAAAGAGCGCGCGUGGAAGGUGUUUGAAAAGAUUCGCGAAUGUACUGGAAUGAAAGAUCUUCUCGGCGACAAGAGUAUCAUUUGA